AUGGUUGAGAAAGACAUGAUGCAGUUAGAGAAGGCUGCUGUCAAGGAACUUAUCUCAUCCGAUGACAUAAAUGUUGAUAAAGAGGAAGUGAUUUUCCACUUUCUUGUGAAGUGGAUAGAAUAUGAUAUUGAGGAGAGGAAGAGGUUCUUUGGUGAUUUAUUUGGAAAAGUAAGACUUCUGCUUAUUGAUGAAGAAUAUAUUUGUGAACAUAUUAACACACAUGAUUUGAUUGUUGGGAAUCCAUUUUGUCGUGCUAUUGUCUCAAUGACAAAGUUGUGCCGAAUUGGAAUGGACUGCCAAGAUUCUGAAGAAGAAAAGCAGAAAAUUGCAGAUGGUUAUGAGCUCAAGAUGUUGAUAUUUUCAGGUGGAGGAAUGUCAGAAGAGCAAAGAGCCUUUUCUUGUUUUGAUCCAUCAACUGGGAAGAAUUAUAUGGGUGCCAAACAUCACCCAACGUUUGACUUCAAGUUCAAGGUCGACUAUUACAAGCUGAUUACCAACAAUCAAAAUCAGAUAUACUUCAUGGGUGGCAUAUUCUAUGAUGAUUACCAUCUUGAAGAGCAAGGCUUGGCUCGAGAUUCCGUGUAUCAGUACCAGAUGAAAGACAGAACGUGGACGCCUUGUCACCCUAUGAUCACUGCAAGAUGUGCCUUUGCCGCAUGUGCUGUUGAGGAGAGAGUGUUUGUGUUUGGUGGUGCUUUGUCGUAUCCACGAGGAGUUCCAAUGGAACUUGUGGAGGCAUACGAUCCAGUUUUCGAUCUAUGGCAACAGAUGGCGCCGAUGCCAACCGGCCUAUCCCAUCAUGCAGCUACUGUGUAUAAAGAUAGUGUUUAUGUAUUCGGUGGUGAAGAAAGCAAUGCUGAACUCUUCACAACAGUGUUGCAGUACUCCAUUUCAAAUGACACGUGGUUCAUUCUGGAUACUGAAAUUCUUCAUCCAAGACUCUCAAGCACUGCGAUUAGUUAUAAUGACAAAAUCUACAUCGUAGGUGGAGGUACAAAGAUUCAGAACACAACUGCAAUUGAGAUAUUUGAUCCAGAAACACUAAAAUUUCAAAUCGGAGAUGACUUUCCUGAUGAUCGGAAAGUAAUGUCUGUGGCACUCUUGACAACUGUAUCUAUGUCUGUGGUGGAGCUCUGGCCGGAUGACAUCGAGGCUGAAGGUCUUGCCAAAUCUUCGAUUGGUUGA